UUGAUGGUAGCGAAAUUAGUGAUUGACAGGCCGCAACGAUUGGGCCACCCCGCCCAAAUGGAAACUUCUUAAAGGGACAGUACACCUUCAUCUCGCAGCACUGCUUUGCUAUAAAUGGGAUAUUUCCUGCUUUAAUGCUGAAUUGUUGGUACGCACCAAUAAACGAGUAACGACCCGUUUUUAAUAUAUCUAAGCAAAUGAGAACAGGAGCGGUGGCGGAAUCCAUGUUGCAAGCGCACUGUCUGUUUCACCGCACUGCAUCAGCAGCAUCCUGUGGACUCGAAGGCAGGGGUGCUGCUGUGGCGCAGCAAAAACACGGUACACGGAGCACACGACGCAUUGUUUAACAUUUUCCUCGCAGUUAACGAAUUUGUUUGCGCUUUUGCAGGUUAUUCUGCGAUGCCAAAGAUUCUUUUUAUACACAAGGAUUCAUAGAUAGCGGAAAUCGCGGGGGAGACUGCGAGAGGACCACAUUUUCUUCCGAAAGAGGCCUCUAAAUUGACCACAGUAGGCGAUCAGAUUAGGAUGAAAUAUUUUUGAUAUUAUUAUUUAGGGGUGUGCUUGGUAGCAGUUCGAUUCUUACCUGGUUUGCAUAUUUAUAUCAUAUGCACUUGCAUGUAGACUCGGUAGUAUGUUUCGCAUAUAAAUACGUUACAAAACCCGAUUCAUAUAUAUAUUGUCUGUUAUUCGACACCAUUAGCGAUAAAUGCGUGAAUUCCCAAGCAGGUGGAACGAUCUCUCUGUGCAUCCCGUCUUAAAAAGCUCAGGGAAAAGGUAAUUGAAUUUUAAAGGGAAACGCUGGGUCAUCACACAAAUUGCUUCUUUGUAUUGUAUUUUAUCUUUUAAACAAAAACAGAAGGAGCACAUCAAUUGCAUUUUGCACAGUUAAAAACGUCUGCAAUAAUAUCUGUCAAUGAAUGCGAGCAUCCACUAGAAACUGCUGAUUUGAGCUAAAUAAGUACAACAGUUCUGUUGUGAUAUUACAAACACGUUCUAGGGUCUUAGAGGGGCCCGUUUAGCAUAUUACAACGCAUGUGUCGCUGCUAGUUGAUUUACUUAUGAUAGGAGGCUGCAAUUCGUUGACAUACAGCUUUUAAAAUCUGCAGUAUUAAGACAAAAACAUUAUUAAUAUUGAUAAACAACCGACAAAAGUAGAAAUAAAAGUAGAAUAGGCGUGUAAAAGUACUUUAUAACAUUUUGAAAAACAAAGCUCCAAGUCUGUGACAUGACUGCAAUUCACAUACUGCUCCUUUUCCUUUCCUGCACAUUGUUUGUGCGCCGGUGUGAUGGGGCGUGUGCAGAGGUGGACUCGGACACAGAGGCGGUGGUGGGCAAAGGCUUCAAACUGGGCUGCAUCUCCUGCAAGAUGAGGAGUGAAGUCAAAGCGACUGCCACCGUUGAGUGGUACUUCAAAGCCCGAGGAGAGGUCGACUUUGUGCAGAUCUACACCUACAGUGAAAUGGGCCCCACUAUUGAAAAUGAAAUCUUCACGGACCGUCUGGAUUGGAACGGGAGCAAGAGGAGCAACGACAUCCAAGAUGCGUCCAUAUAUAUUCUUAACGUCACCUUCAAUGACUCAGGCACAUACCGCUGCUACUUCAAUCGCAUCCUCUCCUACGACAACUACGAGAACACCACCGUUAUCAGGAAAGUGGUCCACCUCAAUGUGUUGGCGAAAGCCACCAGAGGUACAGCUUCCAUCGUGUCUGAAGUCAUGAUGUACGUGUCCAUCAUCGGCCUGCAGGUGUGGCUCCUCAUCGAGAUGAUAUAUUGCUACAGGAAAAUAGCGGCGGCCGGGGAGGAAGCGUUAAGAGAAGCCGCGAAUGCUGAAUAUUUAGCGAUUGCCUCGGAAAGUAAAGACAACUGUGCAGAUGUGCAGGUUGGAGAAUAGCGAAGGUUUUGCUUUUGGACUGAACGCAUCUGUCCUAUACAGCCCGCUAACUGCAUGAAAACAACUCGGGGAGUGGAACAGACUGCAUCCUCAUCUCAAGUCGGUUACGCAUUAAUUAGCCACAUUGUUGAAAGCAAGCACUGUAUUCACAGUUAAGUAUUAUGUUGACAUUCUGUAAAUGUAUAUGACAUGCACAACACUGCCUGUGGGAUUGUUGAGAAAGUUUUUUACUAACUCACCACCUCCUAAUCUAUGAUUUAAAAAAAAAAAACGUGUUAUUUAUAUAAUAGAAUGUGGAUAGAUUGUCUUUCCAAUUGAAUUGCUGGUACAUUAAGUGAAACCUUAACUGUAUAAUUAAUAAAAAAGAGAAUAUUCAUGA